CUGGCCGCUGGUGGGCAUUGUGGCCGUGCAUGGACACCCAACCACACAAGAGGAAGACUUCUGUCCCCUCCUAGUCAUUCUGAACGACCAAGAACCCCAGAGUCCUGUCUCCAUCACUACACAGGAAGCUGAGGACUUCCUCCUAUUCUAUUGAGACCUUGAACCUUGAAAACAAAGACUCUAAACGCUCCAGAAACAAAGACUCUGUGGACAAAGCUCCUUGACACCAGCAGCCCACUGCCCUUAACAGCAAAGGGAAUACAGAAACCAUCUUCCUGGACCCGUGGGAGAAGCCAGGAUGGAAAACACCACGGUCCCAAAGAACUAUGAUGGGACCACAGAAAUUGACUAUGGGGAGGGUGCAACCCCAUGCAGUAAACAGGACUUGAGGGCUUUGGGGGCUCAGCUGCUGCCCCCAUUGUACUCCCUGGUGUUUGUCGUUGGCCUGGUCGGCAACAUCCUGGUGGUCCUGGUCCUCAUGCAGUACAAGAGGCUCAAGAGCAUGACCAGCGUCUACCUCCUGAACCUGGCCUUCUCUGACCUGCUCUUCCUCUUCACGCUGCCCUUCUGGAUUGACUACAGCCUGAAGGAUAACUGGGUGUUCGGCAACGGGAUGUGCAAGUUGCUGUCGGGGUUUUAUUAUGUAGGCCUGUACAGCGAGAUCUUUUUCAUCAUCCUGCUGACCAUCGACAGGUACCUGGCCAUCGUCCACGCCGUGUUUGCACUGCGGAUCCGGACCGUCACCUUUGGCGUCAUCACCAGCGGCAUUGUCUGGGCCCUGGCCUUCCUGGCUGCCAUCCCGGGCUUUUACUUUUCUAAGACGCAAGAGGAGUUCGGUCGUCGCACCUGCAGCCUUCACUUCCCUCAGGAACACCUGCAGCAGUGGAGGCAGUUCCAGGCCCUGAAGCUCAACAUCGCGGGGCUGAUUUUGCCCCUGGUGGUCAUGGUCGUGUGCUACACGGGGAUUAUCAGGAUCCUGCUCCGGCGGCCCAACGAGAAGAAGGCCAAGGCCGUCCGUCUGAUUUUUGUCGUCAUGCUCAUCUUCUUUCUCUUUUGGACGCCCUUCAAUCUGACUAUAUUUGUUUCUGCUUUCCAAAACACCAUCUUGUCCAGUCAGUGUAAGCAGAGCAAACAGCUGGACGUGGCCAUACAGGUGACGGAGAUGAUCGCCUACUCGCACUGCUGCAUCAACCCCAUCAUCUACGUCUUCGUCGGCCAGAGGUUCCGCAAGUACCUGCGCCAGCUGUUCCACCGGCUCCUGUCCGUGCCCCUGGGGAAGUGGCAGCCCUUCCUCCGCACCGACAGGCUGGAGAGGGCCAGCUCCAUGCCCCCCUCCACCGGGGAGCAGGAGCUCUCUAACGGGUUCUGACUCAGCCCCUGGCAAGAGUGGCCUGCCAGGCACGCUGACGGGGGAGGAGGCCGCUCAGAUUCCGACCCCUGGCGCAGCGCGGAGCGGGCACCGCCCGGGGGUGAGGUGGUCUACACGAAAUCACUUCCGUGGCUGGAGUCUUCUCCGUACACUUCUCCCUGGAGAUGAAUGAGUGAACUGGGACAUUGGAGAAGACGGGACAAAGGGUGAUGGGAAAGGUCUUUCACCCAAACAGGGUUGCAGGUUUGCGAAGGUCAACAUUUGCAAACAAAGUCACUGAGCAACCCCCUCCUGUCUCCUCCCCCACCCCAGCCUCCUCCCCCACCACCGAUGAACUUGGAAAUAGUGAUUUCUGCAGUUGACUCGGCCCACAGCCAUGCCCCGGCAUGAUCCCUGAUUGCAGGGUUUCGGCUCUUGGAAACCUUGAGGAACAAGGGACUCAUGACCUUGAGACCUAAUGGGAAAUAGGAAUAGGAAACUGCUGUUGCCCUGGAACUUCCCUUAGAGAAAAUUCUUGUAUUCACCAAAACCAAACCACGCAGGCAGCGGGCUAGACAAAGACCGUGCGUAUAAUGUGUGGUACUUCUGGCAACAGCCACAGAAGGAAGGGGAUCGUCACUCCGAUGACCGUGCCUUUCUUUCUGAGCAUUUUCACAAUCUCCCUUCCCUAUCAGUCGGGCGAUGCGGCAGGAAACAGCUUUAUUGCCGACAUGACCCAGGGGCCCAAGGACACGGGUUGAUUUUCUUCCUCCGGGUCUCUGGUUCGAUGGACCAGAGCUCUGCCCACCACCUCGCAUCCAUCCUCAGAAAACUGACCGGUGCGCCCGCUGAUGGCAUCUGAGGCUGGAACAGAGGAGCAGACCAGGCGGGUGGGCUGGGGACUCUGCCUUCAUGUAGGAGGUGGAGAAGGCCCUUCCCCCAAAGAAACGUAUUUCCCCUCAAUGUCCCUAACACUUCACCUCCCAGCAAGGACCUCCUAUUUCUCAUGUCUCUGUUCCCUUGUUCCUCAGACUUAGAUUUCCUUAAAACUCCAUUUCCUAGUAGCAAAAACUAUUUCUAAAAAUGCUUAACACAAAGGGAACAAACCCAGACAUCAAGAUCACCCAUAAGCCCCACUACCCAAAGGCAGCCACUGUAUAUGUUCGAUGUGCUUUCUUUCAGCUUGUUUCUUCUCUUGGUGCAUGUUGAUGACUGUAACGAAGAUGGACUUCUGUACUCCCCGGCUCCCUCUGGACUCCCUUCUGCCCUGGUUGUUUUUAAGUAGUAGGAUGUUCGAUCGCUUUUCCGGGGCAAUACAUUAUUUCAAAGCUUUGUUUUUGGUGUCUGCGCUGAAUUCCAUGGCAGGAAUGCACUUGAAUGGACUCAUGACGCCAUUAUCACUUGCACAAAUCAAUUCAAUCACACAUGGCGACUGAAGAUCAGCUCCUGUCAAAGUAGACCCUGGGAGACACAGGUACAGGAUUGGGGGGAGGGGGUGCUGGGAAUGUUCUGGAAGAGCCCUGUGCUCAGUGAGGUGGACACACGCCAACAGAGCCCAGGUUGGGGGGUGCGGUGCUGUCGAGCCUAUAGUGCCAGAACAGCCAACGGGAGAAAGGCCCUUGGGGACAGAAAGCACGCUAAGGGGCUGGGUGUCCUACCUAACAACACCACACCACCACUGGGCUGGCCUCUCUCCUUCUGGACACCAGUGUGCUCUUACCAAGCCACCCUCCUAUUCAGGCGGGGACCUGCUAU